GGAGGGACCUAAACAACCCCCCACUACUCAACCUUAAACCUUUUCCAGUCCAGUUCAUCCCUCAAAGCAGCAGAUCGGAACCUUUGUGAGAGGAAAACGAGUUGUCUCUAACGUGAUCAACCAAACCACACGAGGAGAACAACUUAAGGAACAUAAAAUUAAGAACAUCUGGAAACUUAAAACAAGCUCAUCAUUUCUUAAUUUCAUCGCGACCAUUAUCGGAUCGUGUGAGGCACGCGCCGGCACAUUGACUGCAUCUCGCACAUAGAACUGUGGGACAUCGCCUGCUUCCGUCAUGGAACCUGCCAGAUCGGAAAUGAGUAUCCUUCCCAAUGGGAAAAGUCACGACCUGGGAGAGGACAUGUGCGUACCGAUGAAGACUAUGAUGGAGGAAGACCAAAAUGGUACUCAAAACAGCAGAUUUGAUGAUCCUGAUUGCAAUCUGGCUGAGAACAUUGAGUUCCUACCCAACGGCGAGGGCAAGAAGCCCCGUUUCACUGAUUUCGAGGGGAAGACCUCUUUUGGGAUGUCAGUCUUCAAUUUGGGCAAUGCCAUUAUGGGCAGUGGGAUUUUGGGACUGGCUUAUGCCAUGGCAAACACUGGCAUUCUGCUCUUCUUGUUUCUUCUGUCGGCUAUCGCUGGUCUUUCAUGCUAUUCUAUUCAUCUCCUGCUCAAGUCUUCUGGUAUUGUGGGAAUCAGAGCAUAUGAGCAGCUGGGAUACAGGGCCUUUGGAAUGCCAGGAAAAAUGGCAGCCGGAAUCGCAAUCACUCUACAAAACAUCGGAGCCAUGUCCAGUUAUCUAUACAUCGUGAAGUCAGAGUUUCCUCUGGUGCUGCAGGCAUUCUUGAAUGUAGAUACAGACUCAGGGGAAUGGUAUCUCAAUGGCAAGUACUUGGUGGUGCUUGUCUCUAUCUCUGUAAUUCUGCCCCUGGCUUUGAUGAAACAACUUGGUUACCUUGGUUACACUAGUGGUUUUUCGCUCAGCUGCAUGGUGUUCUUCCUUAGUGCAGUCAUCUAUAAGAAGUUCCAGAUUCCUUGCCCAUUUGAGGAGUUCUCACACAAUAGCACGCACGCACAUUCAAACGUUACAGUCAACCACGCACACAGUUACAAUAACGGACGCGAGAUGGACGAAUCACAGUGUGGCCCUCAAAUGUUCACUGUAAACUCACAGACUGCAUAUACCAUCCCUAUACUGGCCUUCGCUUUUGUGUGCCACCCUGAAGUUCUGCCCAUCUACACUGAGCUUCGCAAUCCUACUCAGAGGAAGAUGCAGCAUAUUUCCAAUAUCUCCAUCCUGAUCAUGUUCACCAUGUACUUCCUUGCGGCCCUCUUUGGCUACCUCACAUUUUACACUAACGUUGAACCAGAGCUUCUGCACACGUACAGCAGGAUCGACCCUUAUGACACUCUGAUCUUGUGCGUGCGAUUGGCUGUGCUCACUGCCGUCACACUGACUGUGCCCAUCGUUCUGUUCCCGGUUCGGCGAGCCAUUCAGGAGAUGCUGUUUUCUAAAAAGGCAUUCAGCUGGAUCCGACACAUCACAAUAGCUCUCAUCCUCCUCACUUUCAUCAACAUCCUGGUCAUCUUCGCUCCAAAUAUUCUGGGCAUCUUUGGCAUCAUCGGUGCAACAUCCGCUCCGUGCCUGAUCUUCAUCUUCCCGGCCGUCUUUUACAUCCGGAUUGUUCCGAGGGAUAAAGAGCCAAUGCGGUCUGCCCCCAAAAUCUUUGCUGCCUGUUUUGCUGGACUGGGUGUGUUGUUUAUGAUAAUGAGUUUGAGCUUCAUCAUCAUUGAUUGGACAACAGGCAGCAGCAGUGCUCUUGGCGGCCACUAGGGGACAAACUCUUCUGAAUGUGUGCUUGUGUACGUGCCUUUGUAUGAGAGUUAGUUAGUGGUGUAACAUACUGGAAGAUAAUUUGACUUUUGUGUUUUGUCCUUAUUUUUAUUUUAUUUUUCUUGUCUAUACUGUUUAUUGUGUUAUAGGCGAUGCCCUAGGUGAGGGGGACCCAAAACAACAUUUUCCACAGAUUUUUCUGUGCCAUUCUGGAAAAUUGCCAUUAUUCAGAGAAGGCCUUUGAUCAAUUCAGCCUAAUGUUAUUAAUUUAUAAGUACCAAGUUAAAGUUAUUGGUACAGUUUUACUACAAUUUAAAGGUGUUAAUCGUGUCAAUCGUGGUAUAUCUUUGUAUUUAUUAAAGGGUUAGUGCAUCUUCACUUAUCCUGUAGAAAUUCACUAUCAUGGCUCAAGUUUGCUUUACAUCAUUUUCUAUUUACUCUGUCUUUCUGCUUCAUCAACCCAAAGCCCUAUACUUGAGACACGAUUAACCAAAAGUACUGUAGAAAGUCACGAUAGUUAUCUACAUAGAUACAUGUAUACAUAUCAGAUUUUUAAAUCUGUGUAAUAUUUUGCCCAUAUUACACAGAACAGAGAAAUUGCAGAUGUUUUGAUUUUUUUCUGAGAGAAGAAUGAAGCGAGUGUGGUUACUUUGGUAUAUUGGUUACUUGUUAGUAGUCUUAGGACAAUCAAGAAGUCAUGUUAUCAAUGAGAGUGCAAUUUAUGAUACUGCACAAUUUCGGUGUGCCAAAGCAAAGGAUUUUUAUAAUCUAUAAUCACUAAAGUAUGCACAGUAGAAAUAGUCAAAUUCUAGAAUGCCUUGAUUAGAUAGAAAUUUAGGCUGUGUUAAACAUAUUUAUUUAAAUGUAUCAAAUAUAUUCUGCAGUUCACUGGAUGAGUAUUUAUCUGUAUGCUAUGGUAUUAACAUGUACUUCAAAUGAAAACGCUUUUGUUUGUGUUGCUUUAAAAAUCAUGGUGGCUAAAUAUGUGCUCCGCAUGCUUUAGGCCAUUUAGGCAAACGUUAGAUAUACAGGACAUGAGCAAACAUUAAACAUAUGUUUUACUUGAAACAGACUUAAUCUCCCUAUAUUAGAAUUCCAACAAUCAUAUUAAGCAAAGUUGAAUUGAUUUAGAUUGGAAGCUGCUCACAUGAAAACGGUUGUAAAUUUGUUAUUUUGCAUUUGUGUUGUUUAACAUUGUUUUACAGUAAUGUUUCUUGCAAUCUCAGUAUUUGUGGACCUGUUUUUGGUAUUAGGAAAUGGAGAAACUUUUAAAACAACAGUUUUUAUUUUUAGUUCGAAAACGAUUGAUGGCUUCCGGCUUAUGUGGUGCGUGAAAUAACUCUUAGUCAGUGGUUCAUGCAAAGUUUUCAAGAAAUAACGUGUGUUUAGAGCCUGUCACAAUAUUAUAUAAUGAAAAAAUAUAUCCAUAUGUUAUUAAUAUUAUGUGAAAGGUGUUAACUGGCUGGGCUAGUAGUGGAUAACAUGACAAACCAUAAACAAACAUAAUCCUGCGACAUUAACAUGCCUUUGUAAUGUCACCACCGUAUUUUUAUAACAUCAGAAUAUCAUUAAUUAGAUAUAGAAAAACAUAAAAUAAUUGUUAAUUUAAUUUGAAAUACAUUAAUUGACAUGACAUUGGUGCAUGACUUCAAAAGAACUUCAUAGAAAGUUCUGUUUGCACUGUCAACAAAAAACAAGCUGAACUUUUACAGAUAAAACAUCAAAACAGAAGUAAAUUAUGCUGGCGUCUGAAAAACAGUGUCAUGUUUUUAUUAGCUGCCACAUUGUUGUUCAUAAUUUAAGUGUUUUUAAAGAAGGUAAUGAUGUUUGUUAAACAACUUUUGCUUUGUUUUCCGAAUGUUGUUAAUUGAUACAAAUUUGACUCUUUGAAGUAUUUUUCAAUGGAGAAAAUCCAACAUAAAUGUGCCUCCUAUGAAUCUCUUUAGACAUUGAUCACUGAAAUGCUUAUGGUAUAUACAAUGGGAGUUAUAUAUAUAUAUAUAUAUAUAUAUAUAUAUAUAUAUAUAUAUAUAUAUAUAUAUUUUUUUUUUAAUUUUUUUUUUUAUUUAUUUGAGUAUUAUUUUGUCCAGUUAUAACCUUGCUAGGUAUAUUAAAAAUUGCACCAUCCAAAGUAGCUUUGGUUAAAAGAUAAAUUCACGAGUAUUGAAUGUUGAAAAUUCUGUAUUGUGAUUCAUAUGACGUGUACUGCGAAAAUGAAAGCUAUUGAAAUUCUGUCAAGGUUAUUCAUUUCAACGCUGCCCAUUUUAUAUAACUUUCCACAAAGAAGUACUGACCAUUUAUUUUGUAUGGCACACAUAUUCUUGCAUUUUUUCCUUUCAAUAAGAUUAUUAAAAAAAACUAAUGUUACAGCCUUCAGUGCAAAAAUCAAUGUUCAUUUGAAACAUGGAAAGAGUUUUGCAUUUUAUUAUUUUGAAAACAUUAUUCUCACCAACAAAUAACACCUAUUUAAUUGAUGCAGUUGAGUUCAUAUGUUGUUUAGUGCAUUCAUAUAUAAUGUAUAUAAAUGUUAACUGCUUUUUUGAUGAAUAUUUAGUUUGUAUAGUGUAAAUAGAAGAACAUUUUGACAAUAAAAAUGCUGUUUUCAA